UAGGUGAUGAAUUUUUUCCCGCUGUCACUCCUUUUUAUUCGGGGAGUUCUGCAAAGGGUAAAGAAGUCUUGCACACAGCUGAAAUUGACCGUCGUCGCCCGGUUCAAUCGAAUGCACCGGUUUCCAUGCCUGCGUCGGGUAAUGAACUUCUUCAAGCUGCGGCGCCUUUUUUCUCUGGGAGUUCAGCAAAAGGCAAGGGAGUCUUGCAGACAACCGGAUCAGACCGUCGCUCUAGGUCUCGAAGCAGUUCGCUCGAUAGAAAUGCCAGCAUUCAGAAGGGAUCAAAUCCUCCUAAUCAAGGUGUCUCACUCACAGUGGCCGAAACAAUCGCCAAAGAAAGACUCGAAUACAAGUUUCAAUGCCCACACUGUCCAAGACGUUACAAAUUAGAGCGAUCCUUGAUGGGGCACCUUCCGUCCCAUGCAGGAGAAACUGAUUGCGACCAGUGCAACAAAAAGUUUGGCUCGAUUAAUACUCUCAGGCGUCACAAGAGGCAAAAACAUUCUGGAUAAAUUUUCAUUCAAAACCAGUAAAAUGCGUGUGAAAAAUAAGUUUAAGAGAAAAGGACGAGUGGAUUCCAAGGAAUCAUCAUUUGGAUUGCAUUUUGCAAAGAGGAACCAACAGCAUCCCAAUGUUACUAAGAUUGUGCAAUUUAAAUUCUUUGCAAAACAUUACAGAAAUCAUGAAGAAAAUUAAAUUUACGAAUGUAAUUUUCGCCUUAAAUUAAUGAUUUAAUGGCAAUAAAGAUGAAACCGGUCUAGAUGAUCAGAUUCUAUUUGCAAGGUAAAAAUGUUGCACAAUCUUAGCGACAUUAGAAGACUUGUGGUUUCUUUUUGCAAUAUGCAAUCCAGUUAGAUAAAGGACGCGGUUUAGAAAAAAGUCUCACGAACAUUUC